AACCUAAAAAUUUGCAAACAUAACCUCUAGCGUUUUUACAACAUUGCUUUUAGUCUUUGUUAAAAAUGUUAAUGUAAUUCCAAUUAGCAACUUAAAAAUAAUUCCUUAUGACUGAUUCUGACGGAGAAGAUGUCCCACAAUUAUCGGCGGAGACGCUGAAAGCACUUCAGGAAUUUUACGAUGAGCAAUUAGAUAAAGAAGCACAAGAAAAUAGUGAAUCCACAAACGCAAUAGUUAGUGAAGAUUGGCAAUUAAGUCAGUUUUGGUAUGACGAUUCAACUGUGAUAAGUUUGACCAAUGCGGCAUGUAAAAUUCUUAGCCCAGGUGACAAAAUUGCACUUGUCUCAUGUCCCACAUUAUACAGAAGUUUGAAACAAAAUCACAAAGGCACAGUUACACUUUUUGAGUUUGAUAAAAGGUUUUCUGUUAUUGGAGAAGACUAUAAUUUCUAUGAUUAUAAGGAACCUCUUAGUAUUACAAAAGAAUUUAAAAAUUAUUAUGAUUUAGUUAUUGCAGAUCCUCCGUUUUUAUCAGAUGAAUGUUUAACAAAAACUGCUGUGACUUUAAAAUAUUUAGCAAAAGAAAACAUUAUUUUAUGUACAGGUGCAAUAAUGGCCGAUUUAGUAGAAAGACUGCUUCAUUUAAAAAAGUGUUCUUUUGAACCAAGGCAUAAGAAUAACUUGGCAAACGAAUUCUUCUGUUAUUCAAACUUUGAUUUAGAUAAUUUUAUAUAAGUUAAUAAGUGAAUAAAAUAUGUGAAAUGAGAAUCCAAUGUUGUAUUGUUACUUUCUUAGGAACAAGGAACUAACAAGGAUUUUAAGUUAAAAA